AUGAGCAAGAAAAGCUGCAAGAAAUUUGAAGAAGAUAUUGAUAGCUCUGAAGUCCUGGAAGAUGACAACAAAAGUAUCAUCAUGGGCCUCAUUGCUCAACUGAGGAAAGGAACUGAUCUCUCUCGUGUUACUUUGCCAACCUUUGUUUUGGAGCCUAGAAGUAUGCUCGAAAAGAUCACUGAUUUCAUGAGCCAUCCUGAUCUAUUAGUUAGAGCAUCUAAAACUGAAGAUCCCACUCAAAGAUUUGUGGAGGUUUGCAGAUUCUUUCUUUCUGGCUGGCAUAUCAAACCAAAAGGCGUUAAGAAACCUUACAAUCCCAUUCUUGGAGAGUUCUUCCGUUGUGAAUAUAAUCUCAAGGAUGGCUCAAAAGCAAUGUAUAUCUCUGAGCAGGUCUCUCAUCACCCUCCAAUCUCGGCAUACUACUAUUCCCUGCCAGAACUAGGUAUAUUCGUCACGGGCGAGGCACAUCCCAAAGCAAAGUUUCUUGGCAACAGUGCUGCUACCGUCAUGAAGGGUUACACUCGCAUUGUCUUUAGUGAAUUGAACAAUGAGACUUUUGAAAUAUCAAACCCUAAUGUUUACGCUCGUGGCAUCUUGUUUGGAAAAAUGAUCAUGGAAAUGGGAGAUCAGUCCACUAUCAAGUGUAAAUCCCUGGAUCUCAUUUGCGAACUGGAAUUCAAAACCAAGGGUUACUUCUCUGGUCAAUACCAUUCAGUCACCGGAAAAAUUAAGCGUAUUUCUACUGGGGAUGUUCUUUACGAAAUAUCUGGUGUAUGGACAGAAGAACUGUUCAUUAAGGGAAAGAACUCAUCCAAAGAAUCAUUCUUCAACGUUUCAAAGCACCCUGUUAUUACUAAAUCUGUCGAGCCUUUAGAUGAUCAAGAAUGGAAUGAAUCAAGAAAAUUAUGGUCCAAAGUAACUGCUGGUUUGGCUGCAAAGGACAUGGAUGCUGCUACCGAUGAAAAGACAUUUAUCGAAAACAGACAACGUGAGGAGACAGCUGUCCGCCAAAAGGAGGGUUUGCAAUGGCACCCACGCUUCUUCACCAUCAACAAGAGUGAAGAGUAUGAAUUUAAAGGUGUAAAAGGCAUUGAUUACAAGAACCUUUCACAAGCUAAAGACCAUCUUGAAAAGCACAUGUUUGCACACACACCUCCUGCUGUUUCCCCUGCAACUUCAGCAGAGACAUUUAUAAAUGAACAAGGUCAGAAAACACUCAUUUCCGAUCGUAAACCAAUUGCUGCUUAA